AUGGCUUUUCGUGGAGAGCGCUUCGUGCUCGACCUGGAUGAUGACUCUGGAACACCCAAGAUCCCUUCUCAAGCCCCCUUCUCUCUGAUCGGGGAGAUCCAAGAACGGGCUGCCCCCACCGCUAUUCCCCCGCCCCCCAAAUUGCCAGCGCCUUCCUCGACCGGAUUCCCAGCGCCUCGCCCGCGCAAACCGUCUUCUUUCAAGCAGCGACGAGCAAACCAGUCGGUGCCAGAUCCUAGUCUCACACCUCCAACCGCCCAGGAUGACAAGAAAUCCAUCGACGAGGAAAAUCGCCGGCACCUGGCGGCAAUGUCGGACGUGCAGAUACAGCAAGAGCGCGAAGAAUUGAUGGAACAGAUGGACCCAGACCUUCUUCAACGAUUUCUUCGACGAGUAAACAUCGAUGAUGACAAUCAGGCCGAGGAUUUCAAAUCGCCUGCACCUGCUGCCGAUGAAAAAUCACCCAAGCCGAAGAAAUCGGUCUCGUUCGAUGUUCCUGAUUCGGCCCCGACACCGUUCAAACCUAGAGUCCCAAGCGCGCAAUCCCACUCGUUGCAAAAGCCAACUCUGCCGCACCCUGGAAACGAAGAUCGGCCUCCAUCCACACUCCCCGAAGACCUUCACCCCGCUUCGCAGCGCCCCUCCCUCGAUCCGGCAACUCUAGAAACUUUCCACUUCCCCCAGCCUGCCAAACCAAUGCCAGUGCUUGAUCCAUCUUCGCCUUCUUUCCUGUCGGACCUACAGUCACAUUACUUCCCGGAGAUAUCCCAAGACCCAUCUACUCUGUCUUGGCUCCAGCCCCUCUCUGCAGAUGAAGAAGACCCAGACUCAACCUCCGCCUACCACCCAGCCAGCAGCGCCAUUUCGUUGGCACCAUCAGCGAUACGUUUCUCACUGACGGGAACAAUUCUCGCACCUGAAACUUCUCUCUCCCUUCCGACGACCAUGGGCCUGCACCACCAUGGCGACGAUCCCCAUGCUGCGGGAUAUACAAUCCCGGAAUUGGCUAUUCUUGCCCGCUCCACAUUCCCAGCACAGCGCUGUAUAGCAUGGCAGGUAAUUGGUCGGAUUCUCUUCCGUCUUGGCCGGGCAGAGUUUGGAGAACGAGGCGGGCAGUUGUCCGAAGGGCUAUGGUUUGUGAUUGAGAAGGAAAACAUUGUUGCCGGUAUGCUUUCUGAAGCGGAUGGAAAUGCCGGUCAAACCGAAGGCCGAAACAAGAGCAAGUCUAGCAAAGAUCAGAAGGAGACCGAGGAAAACGGAAGCUCUAUGCCUGUUGCUUCAGGCGUUGGUCGUCAUGCCAGCGCCGCUGCCUGGGCUGUCGAAGGUGUCUGGCUUUGGCAGAAGGGCGGCGGUGGUGAUCGCGGUCUACUGAAGGAGGGCCAGCAUAGGUCGACAUGA